AUGUCACUAGUGGAGCACGCCCACGCCCUGUCCGGACCCACAAUGGCCGGCUGGCCUCCGGAAUUGUCUCCGGCGCGCCCGCUCCUGGGUCUGCUCGUCUUCGCCUUCGCUUUGUUGCUCGAGCCGCCUCAACAGGGCGCGAGAAGUUGGUGGCAGAAACGUUGGCGCGAGGCCCGCAUCAUCACAACCCCUGCGGGCAUCAAGAAACCAAGCCCGACCGGUAUUGUUCCGCUUUCUUAUCGCCCAUAUGGCAAGCACGCAAAGCUGUCCAUCAAGUCGAGGCUCAUCGUUAUGUGUAUAUUCAAAGUCCUUCGUCGCCACCGACUGAUGCCCCUAGCGGGUUCGACCACCCGAGCCUAUGUGUUCCAGUUACUAGAGCGAGACUACGGAUGGCGAUCCACCGAGCGCACCAUCCAUUUAGCAGUUACAGCGGCCUACCACUGCUUCAUGGCUUGCGACAAGCAUCUCACAAGCCAACCCAGUCAGCAAGCCGGCAUGAUGUACCGACGGUGA